AUGAGCCAGCCCCGGUCUGGCUGCAACACGUGGCUAGAAGAUAUCAUCAAGCUUAAUUCCCUCAUUCCACCCUUGGACCCAGUGAAUAUCGAGCACGACAUUUCUCAUGAACCAGAACUCGGAGGCGAGGCAAUGGUAGUUGACUUUGGUGAUGAUGGCGGUGAAUUCGGUGAUGAAGAGAAUAUCAUGGGAGGUGGAAUUAUGGAUGAGGGCGGUGAAUCAGGUGAUGGGCCUAGAGCCACUCAACUAGGCUGGUAUGGUCCACGAUGGAAAAACUUCCUUGAGGUUACGAUGAGCGAGUGCCGCGCCCAACACGCGAUAGAGAACCCAUUCCCCAAACUAGCGAAAGAUUUGACAGGUUCCAUCAACGAGAUACUCAUGGCUUCGCUCGUCGAAUGGCUCGAGGGUGGUCAACAAGUCGAAGAGGGUAUUUGGCCUGAUCGCAAGCAUGAUAUGGCAAAACUGCUGUAUGAGGAUUUAUCAACGUGGCGCUCGGACCUCAAGAAGACCAUUGCCAGUAUUGUGCCCUCCAUGUACGACCUCAUACCUCCAUCUCAUGUCCCACCCCAACAACAUGAAAAUGGGAAAACCGAAAACGCCUCUCAUCCUGUGCUCCACGAGGCUUCUAUCUCUUUCUUCUAUACAGGGUCUUACCGUGUUGCUCGCAGGAGACCUGAGGUCUUCCAGAAGUCUUUACCGCUAGAGUGCUUGGCACUGGUUUGCACCGCGGUUAAUUGUGUCCUAGAUGGCUUUGCUAAGAACGGCAGCGGAAAAUCAUUUCCGAAGUUCACCACAAAGGAAUACUCUUCUUUGUAUACUGCUAUGCUCACUAACCUGGAAUCGAUCAUGCGUGACCCUUACCAUGGACCGAAAUUAGCGCGGCAACUUCGUUCCUGGGCUGCAGCUGGAUGGCAAGGAGUUUUUGCUUUCGAAGUAUUGCAUGCUGAUGAAGUUCUCACAGGGCAGAGUCCUACAAAGUCGACGGCAAUGUGA